AUGUCUGCUUCUGUUAAAAGGACGUCUGAGACAGACCUGCCUUCUGCCAAGAAGCCACAUUCCUCGAGCCCCGGAGCGCCCGCGCGCUCGGGUCCAUUGACCCAGGCAGAUGUAAUUCAUUUUAAGAAGCAGGCGAUAUGGAGAUGUCUCAAUCAAUCCAGGACUCGCGAAAGCCUUGUUUCCAAACAACUGGAGACGUUCCAGAAGGAGAACAAGAAGCUGGCAGUUGCUGUCAGUGUGUUAUCUGAGUGGUAUGAGCAGAUUUACCGAACUUUGGCUGAAUUAUAUGCUGGAAAAGCUUUUGAAAGUCACACAAAACUUUUGGAUAUUCCACAAGACAUAGGUGAAUCCUUGCAAGACAAGCUUUCUGCUGGAAGAUCGCAGCUACUUGAUGUUUUGCAAAAGUUGCCUUUGGUUCCUGAGGAGUUUGAUGCCUCCAAGCUGGAGGAACUAAACGAUACCAUCUCCAAUUUGGAAGUAGAAAAAAAUUCCGUGUUACUGGAGAACAAGACGCUACAGUCUAACCUUGAAAAACUGGAACAGGAGCUUCUCUCGUUGCUGGGAGAGCAGGAUAGGGCUGGGAGUGACUCGUUACAACGCGUCAACGAGACAGCUGUUAAGAAGGAGACGGAAGAGCAAGAAGUUGCCGCUGUUCCAUCUACAAAGAGCGAGGAAACGAGCGAGAUUACCAGCCAGGAAGUUGAAGAUCUCAAACUCAAGGCUGGCGAGCUGGAAGCGGUGAACCAAAAACUGACUACGCAGUUGGAUAUAGAAAUCAAGACUUUGUCGGACUUGAAGCUGAAAUACCAUGAACUGAACGCCAAAAUCCUGAACCUCACAGAAACAGAUCUCGAAACGUGUGUUGUUCACCAACAGAUUGUGAAGGAUAACGAAAGACUCAAGGCUGAGUUGAGCGGGUUGAAUCUGAGGUACGAGGAAUUGUGCCAGAAGUUGGACUCUCUCAAUGCUUCCACCAGCAACUCUGAAGACCAAGAGCAUGAAUCUGCUGCUACGAAGGAGCUGGCUCGUGUGGAGGGUGAUUUGGUAAGAAUAAGAACUCAGAGAGACGAGCUUCUGAGCAAAAACUCAGUUCUCGUGGCUCAACAACCGUCUGAAGAGAUUGUUGCUGAACUUCAAAACACGAUCAAAAUUUUGGAACAAAGACUGGCAGACCUUGAACGGGAGAAAUCUGUUCUUACAGACGACCUUGACACAGCUGAUGCUGAACAGAUAAAGAAACAGAACAAGAUCCUGGCAGUUGAACUAAAACAGCUAGAAGAAGUCUUCAAGAAUACCAAGGAUCUGCAGCUGAAGAAGAUCAACAAGUACGUGGAGAAUGAGCAGAUAAUUAACAAGCUCACUGUUGAAAGAACCAAGGCCGUGGAGAAGUACUUUGCAACCAUGAGGUUGAACGAAUCGUUGCAGCAGGAGAACCGAGCCUUGAAGUCGAGCAUGUCAAAACAGGGCGAGUUGAUAAAUACCCUAAAGGAAGUCGAAAAGCAGAUCUCUAAGAAGUCGGAUACGCUGGAGAAACAGCUUCAGCUACAGUUCAGCUCCAUAGAGAGAGGCCUCGUUGCGGAGAACAAGCACCACACCUCCAAGAUAGAUGCCCUACAGAACAACAUCAAGAUAUUGACCUCGCAAAAUCAGUCGGUGACCAAAGAUUUGAAUAAACUAAGACAGGAGGUCGAACUAGAAAAAGAUAAGAACAAGGCGUUGGAACUGGAGUCAUCAAAAGUGGGUGCCAAGCUUAAGGAAUCCCAGAAGCUGAUCACCAAGUACAGAGCAAACGGUCAUGGUGUCACGUCUAACGAGGAAGAUGACGAGAUCAAGCAGGCACUGCUGUCGAUGGCCAAAUGCUCUCUGUGCAACAAGAACUGGAAGGAUACCACAUUCAAGACCUGUGGUCAUUGUUUCUGCAGCAGUUGUGUCAAGGAUCGACUAGAUGCCAGAAUGAGGAAGUGCCCUUCUUGCAACCAUCCCAUCUCGGCGUACGACGUGUUGCCGAUCCACCUCUAG